AAAGUUAAAUCUUUGAUCAGAUUGCGGGCGGAACUCUCGCCUCUGUUUACGGGCAAGCGAAAUGCCUCCAAAUAUGCCUGGGCCGUGGUGGAGCGGGAGCUCAAUGUGCCGCUGCCGCUGUCAAAGAUCAUCAAGAAGUGGAACAAUCUGCUGCAGGAGUACAAGGCCAUCAAGAUGUCCGAGGAGCCCAAGAGGCGCGAGUGGCCCUUCUUCACAUUGAUGGAUGUGUACUUCAGCGACCAGGUGAACGAUCCCUCGCUGCGUCUCUUCUCGUCCACAAAGACCUUGAAGGAGACCCUCGACGACAGUGUCUUCGAGGAUGAUCCAAUCAUAGCCUCGGCCAUUGCGGCGGCCACCAGUGGAGCCUACAUGGACAUCGAUGAGCUGAUCCGGCGGCAGAAGGAGCGGGCCGCCCUGGCCGCCGAGCGGAAACUGGCCGCCGCCGCCAGCGGUGCCUCCGGGGACUACAAAUUCGAGCUGAAGCCCAUGCUCUCCAACAGCAAGUUCAACAGCAAUAGCGACAUGGCCAAGCUCUCGAAGAGCGUAGAUGAUCUCUCCAUGCAGCAGUACAAGCUCAAGCAGGAGCUGAUGCGCCAGCGGGAGCAGGAGCAGCAAGAGAACAUGGUCAAGAUCAAGCAGCACGCACGCCAGCAGCAGCAACAGCAGCAGCAGCAUCAACAGCAGCAGCAGCAACAUCAGCAGCAGCAACAGCAACACCAUCAGGCCCAGCAGCAGCGAUUCCUGGGCCACCAGCCGGCUCUGUCGCCUCAUCCCCAUCGCCUGUCGUCCUCGUCGACGCCGCCGGCCUUGCAGCACGCACUGCAACAGCAGCAGCAGCACAUGUUGCAGCAGCAACACAUGCAGCAACAGCUGCAACAACAGCAGCAGCAGCAUCAGCAGCAGCUGCAGCAGCAGCAGCACCACCAACUCGCUCACCCCCACCAGCCGCCCACACCGCGCCCCAGUUCGCCACCCACCACGGCGCAGCAGAUCCACAUCACGGCCACCCAGCACCAGGCCGCCCAGCAGCAGCUCCACCAGCACCAGCAGCAGCAGCAGCCCUCCCACAAGCAGCAGCAGUCCUACACGGAUCCCAACACCAUCGACCAGUACCUGCUGUCGUGGAACAACUUCCAUGGGAACAUGUGCCGCGGCUUCCACUCCCUGCAGAAGGACGAGAAGAUGGUGGAUGUGACCAUCGCGGCCGGCGGCAAGAUAUUCAAGGCCCACAAACUGGUCCUUUCCGUUUGCAGUCCCUACUUCCAGCAGAUCUUCCUGGAGAACCCAUCGAGUCACCCCAUCCUGCUGAUGGCCGACGUGGAGGCCAGCCACAUGGCCGGUCUGCUGGACUUCAUGUACAGCGGCCAGGUGAACGUCAAGUACGAGGACCUGCCCGUCUUUCUCAAGGUGGCCGAGGCCAUGAAAAUCAAGGGGCUGCACACAGAGAAGAACCUGGACAGCGAUGCCAGCGACAUAAGUUCGCCCCACGAGAGCGACGGCACCGAGUGCCGUUACGAGCGUGGAACGCACAGUGUGAACAUCACGAGCGGUCAUGCCGCCGGCUAUGGUGGCGGACCGCCCCCGCAGCAGCCCUCCCCGUCGCCCUCGCUCAACGGCCCCAACCGCUGCCCCACGCCCCUCUCUAGCGGCGGUGGCUCGGUGGGAAAUCCCAACUACUCCAGCUUCCGGGACCACAUCAAGUCCAAGGCCACGCUGGCCGAGACUUUCAUGAAGAAUCUCAACCGGAACAACAACAACAACAGCAGCAGCAACAACUACAACCACUUGGGCGGCAGCAAUGGGAGUCUGAAUCUCUCGGAGGCGGAGAGCAACUCCUUCGCCAUCCUGCAGGCGAACAGCAAGAAGAUGCUGGAUUCGGCUCGCAAGCAGCACAAGUAUCUGGCCAAGCGAAAGAUACUGAUGCACUACAAUUCGGAGCUGGGUGGCGAGAAGCGGUUGAAGGAGAUGGGAGACCGGGAUCGCUAUCCCAGUGCCGAGCAGCAUGAUGACGCCUUGAACAACAACCACAGCCACGCCCAGGACAACAUUAUGGAGCCCAUUAUCACGACGAUUGUGCCACAGACGCCGCCACCAUCCACGCACAACAACAACUUCAAGAUCCGUCUAGUGGAGAGCCAUCACCUGACCAACAACAGCAACCAGAAUCCGAAUCAGAGCCAGAGCAACAACAACAGCAGUCCGCAAUCGGGUAACAACAAUUGCCACAACGACAACGACGAUGAGGAGGCACUGAAUCUCGUCCAGAUACCCAAUGCGAAUGGGAGCAGGAACCGCGAACAGACGCCCACAUGCGCCACGCCCACGCCCGACAUCCAGCUGAUCAAGCGGGAAGUGGAGACGGAGUUGCCACCGGCGGAGAUUGCCCACAAUAACAAUGGACACGCCGAUGAGGAGCUUACAGGAGCAGGAUAUGAUCGCAAGUACGAUGAUAAUAACAAUAAUCGCGGAUUGGACAUGGAAACGGACUCGAAUAACAACAAUAGCAAGCCGGGAUCGGAUAAUAAUAAUGGUAUAGCCUUGGCGCUGGGCAAGCACAAGUUGCUGAGUGCGAUCAACAGGAGUCUGGAGCAGGAUCAGGAGCGAGAACGGGAUCGGGAUCGGGAUCAGGAUCAGCAGGAUCAGGAGACGGAUCACGGCGGCAACAACUGCAACAAUGACGACAACAACAACAAUCAUAGCCCCCACCUGGACCUGAGCACCAUCAAGAACAUAGCCACCGCGGAGAUCCUGUGCGGAUUGAAGAGCAAGGUCCUCAAGCUGGAGGAGGAGCAGCGCGAGAGGGAGCGGGAAAGAGAGCGGGAGCGGGAAGCCUGUCGCAGCCUUAGCGAGAUCAAGAAUGCGGAGUGAUCCCCCCAUCGAUAUGGAAUCGAUAGAUCCCGAGCCCCAGACAAUUAUGCAUUUGAUUAAAAACAACACAACAUAGAGAGAGAGAGAGAGCGAGAGGUCCCCAAUUCUAUGUUUUGCUAAUUAUAGUUAUUUAUUAUACCACUUAAUAUCGUUAAUGUAAUUGUAAUGACCUGACCCCACAUGAACAUUGGUUAGUUUGGUAGGCCUAGCAUUCUCCCAGCACACCAUUUAGAAUCCCCCUAGCAGCUAAGACUCACGAAUCAUUAACGUAUCGUAUCGCAGAUCGCUUACCGCUGAUCGAAUUACAAAUUUAAUAUUAGCACUUUGGAAAUUGGCCCUGUUGCAAUACGAGUUAAGCCCAUGUUAAACAUAUUGAUAUCGUCUAAUUAUGUAUGUGUAGAGCAGUAUGUUGUAGAAUAAUAAUCCCCCCCGCAGACAACGCACUUUUGAUUUUCAGCCAACGGUGAUCCGUUCUUACAUUAUUUAUACAUACCUACACAUAUCGUAUCGUACGACGACGAAUGUAUCUCAACACGAAUCACGCAUGCAUAUACAUAACA